AUGGGAAGAGGAAAGGUACAACUGAAGAGGAUAGAGAACAAGAUAAACAGACAGGUAACUUUCUCAAAGAGGAGAGUUGGAUUGCUAAAGAAGGCCCAUGAGAUCUCUGUACUGUGUGAUGCAGAAGUGGCGUUGAUUGUUUUUUCCUACAAGGGGAAGCUCUUUGAGUAUGCCACUGAUUCUUGCAUGGACAGCAUCCUUGAGAGGUACCAAAGAUAUUCAUUUGCUGAGAGGCAAUUAGUUGCAAAUGAACCUCAGUCACCUGCAAACUGGGCACUAGAAUACUCUAAACUUAAAGCUAGAAUUGAACUUCUGCAAAGGAAUCAGAGCCACUAUAUGGGAGAAAAUCUUGACUCGAUGAGCCUGAAAGAUCUUCAAAAUUUGGAGCAACAGAUUGACACUGCUCUUAAGAAUGUUCGAUCUAGAAAAAAUCAAAUGUUGCACGAGUCAAUCUCUGAGAUGCAGAAAAAGGAGAAGGCAUUACGAGAACAAAACAACAUGCUGGAAAAGAAGAUCAAAGAGAAGGAGAAGGAAAUGGCAGCACAGCCACAGUGGGAACUUCCUAAUCCUAAUCAUGGCGCUAAUGGACCACCGUUCUUAAUGGCUCCUCAACUUCCUCGACUCAACAUCGGUGGUGCAUAUGAAGGAGAAUCAGCAGAAGCCACCAGGAAUGAACUUGACCUCAAUCUGGAUUCACUGUAUUCAUGCCAUCUUGGAUGCUUUACUACAUGA